CAGCUCAAUCUUUAUUAGUAGUAUCGUAAUUUGAAAUCAUUAUUGGCUUAUCAUAUCAUUAGCUAUCGCGAUAUAUAUAUUCUAGCGAUAUUUGAAUGAUAUCUGUCAAAUGUAUGCCCUCCCUUGCUUAUACUGCGGGAUCCAACAAGAUCAGUAUCUCGAGGCUCAAUACUCACGCGCACUCCAGGAUGUAAGUCAGAGGUUGUAGGUUCGGUUCCCGCCGGAGGCAAACCCGUUAACGCGUAGGAGUAUCAGGAGACUGUCCUAGAGGCAAGGAUUCUCGUUUUUGACUCCUUUUGUACAGAGUAAACACAACAGUAGAGUACAGAGAGUACAAAAGUACAGUUUGUGGAGAGUCAACCGUUGCUAGGUUCCUUCUCAGUCCACUGAGCCCAUCUAGCUAUAGUUUCAGUCUUCUUUUAGAGAAGACUGAGACAGUUGGGGGGAUCAAUUUGGGUUUUAAUGGCAAACCCGCAGCCGAGCUGCCAUACGCAUUCAUCUGUGGUAAGGGUUACUGUACUAUGCCUGUUGCAGAGCUGCCACCUCUCACGGUUUCGCCAUGUGACACACGUUUUUGCAUGUUUUCACAUGCACUCAGGCCACACAUCCAAUUAUAAUUAUUACAAUGAUAACUCAAUGGAUCAGAUCAGAGUUGAUGUACAGUCAAACAUUGUUCUAAAGAAAAUGAAGAGGAGCUGUAGUUUGUGUUGCUGCUGAACUUUACUGGAUCACACUGACAGGUGUAUAUCUAAUAUUCUAGUAUUCAUAUUGGAUGGAAGAAACACAUAAAACGUUACUGAGGACAACAUUUAACUCAGGGCUCUUGUAUUAUAUCACACUGCAAUAGCUUUAUAGUGGUUUCCCAAAGUAAGAGGAGGUUGGAUGUAGUAAAAACAAUGAAAGAGUUAAUAUUUUACUGGAUAGUAACACAUACACAUACACCUACUGUUUGUCUUGUUGUUACUUAAACAUUAAGAGGCGGAUAAUCAGUGUGGUGGUCCUCGUACAGUUAAAUGCACACACAUCAUAAAUUGACCUGAACCUCAUCUGUGUAUCUACAAUAAUAGUGAUUAACCUCAGAGUAUUUUAUGUAUAUAAUAUAGUGAUCAAUGAGGCUAUAUACCGUAAGAUAGGUAACAUUAUUAGUGAUUAACGUCAUAUUUAAUAUCUGUGAUACAUUGAUUAAUCAACCUUGCCCACAGAGCUUAGAAAAUGACUAACCAGCUUCUGAUCUGCAUCUGAUAUCUCAUUCUUAGUUAUUUUUGUCACGUGUCGAUUCAUUGUACUGCUUAAAAAGGCUGCUGUGUAAGCACUUUUUUGUGCUUACACAACAAUUACUAACAAUAUACUGUACAUCUACAUCUCUGCAGGCCUUUAGUAUUGAGAAUUCUGUCUUUAAUAUUCAAAUUUUACACCAUCCAGGAAAUGAGUGUGAAUGACCUUCAAGCUUUUCCCAGCCUUUAUGUCCCGUGAGUGAGACUGAAAACCUAUUUAUUUCACUGCCACACAGAGUAUUCCCACCGCAAGUAUUGUUUUAAAAGAAGUGGACUUUUAUCUCCGCUGAUUGGUUGCAAAGAUUCAAAGUGAAAUCAACAAGGGGGAUCAGAAGAAGGCCAUUGGCGAUGUAUCAGAGGCAUCAAAGAACCCGGAAAACGGUAAAAGAUGCUUGGGUUACGACAUGCUGCCGAUAUCGCCAUCUUUCCUUAGGUCUGAUGACACCCUUCUUUGACGCUUUUGUUUUACAAGAGCUGAUGAGUUUGUGAGUACAACACAAGUUUAUUAACAAAGAAAAUACAGCAUGAAACCAAAUUAAACAAAUGAAGUGACACAUAACGCAAGGAAUAGAUCACCUUUGGGCUCUGUGUGUGGCAGGACGAUGGAGGUGAUAACGGCUAUGAAGAUGGAGGGGAAGGCGGCUACAUCUGUGCUGUGACCGAGCCACAAGACAACGAAGAUACCUACUAAAUGGCCAUCAAGACCUUCCCCUCUGCAGACACGAGGAAGGCGCCCCAACGUCCCAGAGAGGUUACGCUUCAGGACGGCCUCUGCAGAGGUGACACUAAGCAACCCAAAUAUAUUCGCUUCUCUUCGCUUCGCUUCUCGGCAUUUUCCGAACAUACAUAAAACUAUUAAAACUCUCGUGUCCGUGUGUGCGAGCAGAUUCUGUUCACGGGGUGGUCCCUGCUGGGAAGACCAAGAAACCAGCCGGGCCCACCCACUCUGCCCAACGAAAGGAGCGGGAAGGGCAAACCAUCUGUGCUGCUUAACACGAACUGUUUAGGGGCUAAUAUUUAACCGGUACACGAACUGUACCGGUUAAAUAUUGCUGAUCACGUGUGAUGUUUUGCACUAUCUGUCAUGUCCACCAGAGAGCAGCGCUGUCAAGGCUAAUGUCUCAUCACAUCCCCAAACCCACAGAUGUGCCCAACAGGUAGGCAAAGCUAAACAAUUCAAGGAGGAGGUAAUGAGGUCCCUACGGCUAAUCCGAUGAUGCUCCAUUUCAUCUGUCCACUCCCAGAGAAGGCAAAGUCCCCCGGGUUCCUGCUGAGGUGAACAACUCGAUACCAAGACACGGUAUGGUGAGAAGCAAACGAGGAGUCACAAUCCAGCCGUGACUUCCAUUUACAUUGUUUUGGAUAGUGAGCAGGAAUGAUACCACGGUCACAGUCGUUUAACAUCAGAUGGCGUUGUUGUAAAAAGAAAAGCAGGCUGGUGGAACCCUUAUGUCUGCUCUGAAGGGAUUCACAUUUUAUUAGUCAGACUUGGGUUACAUUUCGUUCCCAACAACAAUAAUGUAAAACGCAUUUUGUGUCACAAAGAGAUAAAUGAGGAUGGGCGAACCGCUUUGUGUCGUCCUUACUGCGCCUGUCUUGUUGUGUUGCGUCCAGGCUUUGGAUCCCAGCUGGUACCACGGGAAGGUGACCAGACAUCAGGCGGAAGUCUCCCUCAGAGAGGUGAACAAGGACGGGGCGUUUGGGGUCAGAGACCGCUCGCGUGGCAUGAAUGAGCACCCCUACACCCUGAUGCUGCUCAAGGGAGGCAAGGUUUACAACAUUAUGAUCCGUCGCCAGGGCAACUCCUACACCCUCGGCAGUGGCUUGAAACAGACCCGGAGUUUCCCCGGGGUGAAGCAGAUGAUUGACCAUCACACCAACACCCCACUGCUGCUCCUCGAAUACACAAACCGGAGCGCUGAUUCGCAGAGCUGGUGCUGCCUGCUGCACCCUCCGAGACUUUGACCGUCAGCAUGCGAAAUGUGGGGGUGGGGUUGUAAUGUUUGUAUGUUUUUAGUGAGAUUUUUUGAGUUUUUAGACAGAAUGAGAGACGAUGAAAUAUUUUGGACCACGGCCGAUGGUUUUGCGACGAGAUGCGUUCGCUCAGCAUUUACCUCUGUUCUCCACAUGCAUCCACGGUUUCAGGUCCGGCUGGGGGCUGCUGCUUCAGCGCCUGUUGGCUUUUCAGAAAACGCCGGCUGGUCGGGGGGCCCAACGCAAACGAUCAGGUCGCAUUGCCUCAGCUGGGUUCGCACUGCGGGCAGAAAACCUGUUUUCACUGGUGCCUCGGGCCAACUCGCUUCUAAGGUGUCCCCAAGUCACGUGUCAAAAGAUAUAUACGGUUCCACACCAAGUGGGGAAGUGCUCAACAGAAACUGGUCAGCUCAACAUUACCUGGAUGUUAAACUUGGAUAGAAACCUCUUUAUUUUUUAUUCAUUGUAUAAAUCUGACCCCAAAACAUAAGAAGAAAAAUGUGAAUUGUUAUGUUCAGUAUGUUGUGCGUUUAUGUUAAGAAACACAGAAUUAAUAAAAUGUAAUAAAAGCAGCGUGCAUGCUAAAUACGUUUGAUCACUGAGUGAACUGU